GUCAACAUCAGCUGAGCGACAUAACCUAGAAAAUAAGUGAUUUAUCCAUUUUCAUUAGUUUUUGAAUAAAAAUGGGCAGCAUAAAAUAUAUUUCGCGGUUAUUUCAACCCACAAUAACGAUACCAAAGAACGCUAAGAUCAAAAAUACAGAAAUCACUUGUAAAAGUCAAAAGUUACUCCUGGAGUUGGGACUAGUGAGACCAACAAGCUCUGGUCUUCUUGCGUUACUACCUCUCGCGAGGAGAGCGAUAGACAAACUAGAAGUACUUGUCCGUCAAAGCAUAGAGGAGGCAGGUGGUCAGCGGUUAUCUUUGCCUGCUUUAACGCCUGCACAUUUGUGGGAGAAGACUGGCAGGCUGCAGGAUGUGGGCCCCGAGCUGGUGAACCUGCAGGAUAGGCACGGACAUAAAUAUCUGUUAGCACCGACACAUGAAGAAGCUGUGGCUGAUCUCUUAGCGGAUGUAGCUCCACUGUCCUAUAAACAACUUCCACUUUUACUUUAUCAAAUAAGCAACAAAUACCGCGACGAGCACCGCCCCAAGCACGGGUUGUUGCGCGCGCGCGAGUUCCUCAUGCUGGACGCGUACGGCGCGCACGCGCAUGAACAAUGCGCGCGCGACAUCUAUCGAAAAGUUGGGGAAGCUUAUAGCAAACUGUUCGAUGCGCUCCAUCUGCCGGUGUACAGAGUUGAAGCGCCAUCUGGCGACAUGGGCGGGUCGUUAUCACAUGAAUGGCAGGUGUGCGCGCGCGCCGGGGAGGAUCUGAUAGAAAUAUGUCCGUCCUGCUCGCACGCCGCCAUACCCAGCCAGGGGAAACAGUGUAGCCGGUGCGGGAGCGAGACGGACACCCAUAGCUGUAUAGAGGUAGGUCACACAUUCAUCCUGGGCACCAAGUACAGUGAACCCCUGAAAGCGCAAUUCACUUCCUCUUCUGGAGUUUCGGAACCCUUGAUUAUGUCCUGCUACGGAAUCGGCAUUACAAGAUUAUUGGCGGCAAGUUUAGAAGCAUUAUCGACAGACACGUGUUUACGAUGGCCACGACCUAUAGCGCCAUAUUCAGCCAUUAUCAUAGGACCUAAGGAGGGCUCCAAGGAGUGGUUGUCUCACGCGGACAGCAUCGAGCAGGUCUACCAUCAGCUCGACUCCAUACCCUCGCUGCGGGGAGACGUUAUUAUUGAUGACAGACAUAAUAUGACUAUAGGGAAACGGCUGAUGAUGGCUGACAGGUUGGGUUUCCCGUUAGCGGUGGUUUUAGGCAAAUCCAUGUAUUCCGGCCAAGUGGAAGUGUACAGAAGCACACCGGGUCGCCAGUUCGAAUCCCAGCUGAUGACUUUACAACAAAUGAACGAAGAACGAACAGCAAUAAACAAUUAGAUAAAAGGAGACCCGGCACUUUUCAUA